UUGCCGAGGAGGUACCUCGAGGCAUUGACGUUUCGUUCUUUUCACGACGCAAAAUUCGAUUGAAUAGAAUAAGUGUGUCCUUCGUUAGAAGUCGGAAUCCUCCUUAAUCACUGGAAUGCUGAUUCCAUCAUUAAAAUAGCUGAGGGCACUGUGACAUCAUCGUUCGACGGCUCGGCUAGACAACGUGACAGCACUCUUCGCGACAACGACGAUCAACAGGUUAAUCCCUAGUUGGCUAACUGGUGUAACAAGUUCGGCCAAUAAUCUCGUGUACUCGUGCGUCGUAUCUGUUUACUUUAUAUCGUCGACACGCGUGUUCAUCUAUCAUCAAUUCGAAUAGGGAUAGUAGGUUACAUGUAGAUGAAUAUUGCUCGUGCGAUGUCUGGAAAAUGGCUUUCAAUGAUUGAAGGAUUUUUCAUUUAUCAAAAUUAUUCAUCGGAAUAAUAUUGUAUUUUUUUGAUAACUUUGUGUGUUAAUUAAUAAAUAAUUAAAAUUUGACUAAAAAUCGCAAUGUUAUUCGAUACAUUUUGAUACAUUCGUUCCGUUUGAACAUUGUUUCUUAGAAAUGUGCUUAUUAUUUCAUCACAUAGUAUUGUAUCCGACAAGUCCAUUUUGAUUUGAAUAGAAAUGACAGUAAGAGAGAGAGAGAGAGAGAGAGAGAGAAAGAGAGAAAGAGGAGAGGAAGAGACAGAACAGAAAGAGAUAGGGAGCAAUAACUCAAAGUGUUUCAUACUUUUUCUUAUUUUAUUUUAUUUGAAUCGAUGUACGCGUUUCACAAGCAUUUGAUCAUGAACUUGACACAGGACAAUAAUUAAAGCCAAACACACUUGUUCUGUUACAACGUCUUAUCUACGUGGUAUCGAAACUGUCGUGAAUCCGGUGAAAUGAGAAGGGUGACUGCUGUAGUCGGUUACAAGACAAUUUACAGGCAUAGCCUCAAAGCCAACGACGGUCGUUUCUAUGUUGCGAUAAUGACGAAGCUGUGGGGCUUCUCCCAAUAAACAGUCGAGCCGGGACGUUGAAUCGUCAGAGAUAACGCGAUCCGAGAGAGAGGUAAAUUUGUCAGAGAGAUUCCAUAGUGGAAAUGGCGACCAACAGCCCCGGACAAUCGAUCCAUCUCAAAUCCCCGAGGAGUCCACGGCAGCUGCCGGCGCUUCCACGUCUUCAGCAGAUACCGAUUGCCGAACAGCGGAGUCCGACCAAGAGCCAAUCGCUGACCAAGUCACCCGGUACUCCGCUGGUCUUCGAAUUCCCUCCCGAAUACUACCCGGAGACACCCAAUACGACCUUCGACUUCGACGAGUUUGGGCGCGCCGGCGAGCUCGAGCAGCAGCGCGGUUCCAGGAGUCCCAGUUACUACUCUCGUGCCACGGGCCCACCGCGGAGCCCCAAGACUCCCAAUAGUGAUGUACUACACUCGCCUGGUCGCAAAUCGCCUAUCUUUCAAUUCUGCAAUCCGCGCAAGACUUUGAGGCAGACCGCAAGCUAUCCGGCAUCGGCAACUUCGUCAUCUGUCAUUGAUCGCAGUAGAUCGGUCAAUUCGUCAUCCAGUUACGGCGCAAGGAGUCCGCAGCUCUUCGAUCGGCGGAGGAAUUCUUUUGGUUUGGCGAGCCUGAACAGUCCUUUAUCACCCACGAUCCUAACUCCAACGUCGCACGAUGCAACUAGUCCGCAAACGGAUCGAAACUCGGAUUUGGAUCAGAAGAGUGUUAAUAGAGAGAUCACGGGAUACAAGAGUAAUAGCUCAGGCAAGACCUCUUCUUUGGAAGGUCCCACGGGAAUGCAGGAAAAAACCGCCGAGGGAACUGGCGAAAGGUCGAGAAGCGUAAAGAUGGGCGGGCAUUUCAACAAGAGUCAAGGAUGCUUAGACGAGGCCGGCCGAGGUCAUUGCGAGGGAUCAAAUGGACGCUCGAAACAUGAAAAGAGCGAGAAAAACAUGUCUCGAAGAUCUACCAGCGAUCUUACGGAUAUGGGCGAUGCCGAUACCGAGAUCACUCUGUUAUCAAGCCCCAGAAGGAGAGGCUCUAUGAAGGGCGGUCUUGCUUAUUUGGCGUCGAGACGCGGGAGUCGCGAUAGUCAAUGUUCCAACAUGUCCAAUGUUACCAAUGAAGAUGUGGGGCCAUUGAAUUUCAGCAAUCAUCCAAGAGGCCGACAACGGAGAACUUCGAAUUUUCUCGAACUGCCAGUACCGGAUCACAUACGACCUCGUGUACACAGUCUACCGGAAAAGGCGUAUAAUCCUCGAGCAGGCGAUGACUUAUAUAGACUCAGAGCGUUCAGCAUCACUCACAAGGGUGUCGUAAACCGAGGUGAUUCCAUCAUUUCCAGACGCAGCAGAAGCAACACUUCGGUUAAUAGUAGUAGAAACAGCAAUGUAUCGGGCGAGAGGUCGCCAUUUGAAGGCUCUUGUUGUAGCGGGCAAGGCGGUAGUACCGAUAGCGACAUCGAGGAAAGUAUUUCAAAGUACAGAGUUGUCUUACUGGGAGAUUCCGGAGUGGGAAAGACGGCUUUGGUCUCGCAAUUCAUGACAAGCGAAUACAUGAACACAUACGAUGCUAGUCUAGACCUUCGCCUUUAUGUUGUAGACGACGAAUUUGGCGAGAAAACUGUUUCGAUUUUGUUAGAUGGUGAAGAAUCGGAUAUGAUUUUUAUCGAUCAUCCACAUAUAGAAAUGAGCGUUGAGAAUUCUUUAUCGACAUACGAGCCACAUGCCUGUAUUGUUGUCUAUUCCAUCGUUUCACGUACGAGCUUUCAAGUGGCUGAGGAGAUACUAAACUACUUAUGGCAAGAACAUUAUACUCAGGAACAUACGGUUAUCGUCGUCGGCAACAAAUCUGAUCUUGCCAGAAGCCGGAUAAUUUCGGCAAAUGAGGGAAAGCAGUUGGCUACAUCGCGUGAAUGCAAGUUCAUCGAGACGUCUAGUGGACUUAAACACAAUGUGGACGAACUUUUAGUCGGCGUCUUGAAACAAAUUCGCCUAAGAGAGAGUCGUGAGAAGAAACUUCGGCGUCAGGGUAGCAAAAGCAAAUUGAUGUCAAAGUUGCACAACAGCAAAACCGUUUUGAGCUUUAACACCGCCAAGGAAAUUCUUAAUAAGAUAUGCUUGAACGACAGCAAGAGCAAGAGCUGUGAAAAUCUGCACGUACUGUGAAAUAUAAUAGUAAAAGAAAGGGAAGAACGGUAGGAGAGAAAUACGCGAAAGAUUCUCUUUUACAAUCGGAAAUCAAUUCUCGAGUGGAAACAUAAUGGUAAUCAAGAUCAAGAAGCUAAACGGUGCUUCAUCACAAGCAUGACAUUUUCAUUUUUUUUUAUCCACGUACUAGUUCCACGGAAACCUUUCCAACAGAGUCGUAAUGAUUUUACGAUUCGCGCACUGAUUACGCGUCUCGACGUUCCGGUAAGGAGUCGUUGUCACUACCUACAUAUUCCAUGUUCACCGCUCAUCAUCCUAUGCAGACUUUUGUUCCGGUAGCAGAUUUGACAUUAUGUGAUGUAUCUCUAUCCUACGGUAACAGAGCGUUAGUCUGACCUGGUUUAAAACAUUCGGAAAGCUUUAUUCUGGAUACAAAGAAUUAACUUUUAAAAAAUUUAUUAAAGGCAAAUGUUUGAAAUAUUUACAAGAUUUUAUUCGUUACCAAUUAAAAAAGUCGUUUAAGAAGAUAUUAAAUUAAAAUUUGAAUG